GUCCUCUUUCUUCUUUUGCAGUUAGACGACGGCCCCAAAUUGACCUUGAGGAGUUUGCUUUCAUUGAGAAAAUCCUUAAAAAGACCAAGCCGGAGGAAAGGACUUGGGCGAAGCUGGUAACACUAAAUACCAUUCACUGGUAUUGCGACGGACCGGAACCUACAGCGGCUGCCGUCAAGUACGAAACACAGAUAAGGAGACAGAUGGACGAUGCCAAGAGAAGAGCCUUGAUUCGGUCAAAGGCUGCAAAGAAGACUGCUGACGACACUCCUCCUGCGACGGGCCCAAGCAAUCCGUCUGCUAAGCGGAAGACUCAGCCCAAAGCGGACCGUCAGGCCAAGAAGGCCAAAGUGUCUCUAGAUCCCGUCGUGGGACUCAUGGCGGAGCCUCCGAAGACGGUCACUCCAACCAAGCACGGGGUUGGCAAGGGUUUGAUGAAAGGCCCGUCGAAGGUUGACGAGAAGCCGCCCGUCCUUCUUCGAGAGGAUUCUAAGCAUGCCUUAGAACAGAUUUCCUCCAUCAUCUCGGCGGAGGAUUAUGAAGACUUAGGCAACCACUCGACGGAGGCCAUGGGGGAGACGGGCCUGUUUGCCAUCACACAGGCAAUGGUCAUGAUGAAGGGGCUGAUGGGACGGUGCCUCAGCCAAGAGACGGCUUUGGAUCGUGUACGGGCCAAGGCGGAGAAGACGGAGGAGGAACUCCUCCAACUGCGAAACUGGAGACCUAAAAUAGAGAAAAAGCUUGAGCUGUCGGAGAAGGCAAGGAAGAGCCUUGAACAGACGACGGAGGAGGCAAAGAAGGCUCUAGAGAGCAAGGACAAAGAGAUAGCCGAGCUGAAGAACGAAGUCCGUCAGGCUAAGGACGCGGCGGUCCGUGAAUACCGUGACUCCGACGCCCUAAUCACUGAGCUGGGCGAUUCUUUCCAUCAGGGCUUCAUGGAUGCCCUCCGUCAAGUCAGGCAAGCUUAUCCAGACGUGGACCCUUCCAAGUUCAAAGUUGAAGACCCGGUCCAGUCAUCCGUCGUGCCUGUUGCCUCUGAGGAUACAGACGACCUCUUUGAUGUCGACGACGCCGUUGUUGACGGGGCGCCUGCACCAGCAAAAGAUGACCAAGCUGAGGCUGACACGGAGACAGUUCCACAGCCCGUCGAUAAUGCGGACAAGGCUCAGUAGAAGGAUUUUUAUUUUUAUUUUAUUAUUUUUCUUUUUGGAACAAUUCUCAUCUGUUGUUGAUGAUGUGUAAACAUUGCCGUUUAAUGGCCUAUUUUGUUAAAUGAAUCCGUGCACUUCAUUUUAUAUGUUUUGAAUUUUGUCGUUGCUUGACCUGUUUACAUCCGCUUGCGUAUGAGUAUGUUUUUGAUCUUAAAAACUUAUUCUUUGCAAGACCUGUGGAAUGCUCCGUCCAUCUUUUUGAUACUACUUUGUUAUGUAAGAUGAUUAGUCCGUCUUCUUUGCUUCAUCUUAAUUCCGUCCACGUUGUGGACGAUCCGUCCAACCUGUGAACUUUAAGUGGUCAUUUUGUGGACUAAGUUAUCCCCAUUUAGUAUAGUCCGUCCACCUUAUGGUGAUCGUCCUUGUAGGAUGAUCCGUCCAUCUUGUGGACUUAAGGUGGACUUGAAGUGGUCGUCCAUGCAGGAUGAUCUGUCCAUCUUGUGGACAUAAAGCGAUCGUCCUUGCAGAAUGGUCCGUCCAGCUCGUGGACUUAUAUUUUUCAUCCGUCCAUCUUGUGGACUUAAGGUUAUCAUCCGUGUAGGAUGAUCCGUCCACCUUGUGGACUUAAGGUUGUCAUCCCUGUGGGAUGAUCCGUCCACCUUGUGGACUUAGGGUGAUCGUCCUUGUAGGAUGAUCCGUCCAUAUUGUGGACUUCAUAUUGUAUCCGUCCAUCUUGUGGACUUUAAGGUUAUCAUCCCUGUAGGAUGCUCCGUCCAUUUUGUGGACUU